AUGCUGAUCGUUUUAGACACUAAAUUUGAUGCUACUGCAGGUUGCGAGAAGGUGAUCGUUGUUUACGGCGCCACUGGUGUACAGGGCAGCGCCGUAGCUUUAUCUUUGCUCAAGAGCCAGCAGCACUUUAUCGUCCGGGCACUGACCCGUAAUCCCCAAUCCGAGAAGGCCCAGGAACUGGCUCGCCUGGGCGCCGAAGUAGUGAAGGCGGAUGGGUUCAACGAUGAUGAUAUGAAAGCAGCUCUGACAGGUUCCUGGGGUUUCUGGCUCAAUACUCAUCAUCAUGACCCGGCGGUUACAACCCCCUUUGGUCCUACUGAUGAAGACCUUGGACGCCGACUUGUAACUAUCGCGGCCCAAGCUGGUGUCAAGGUUUUUAUCUACAGUACCUGCGAAUCGCCGGAUGAAUUCACAAAUGGCAAGGCGCCUGUUCCUGGCAUGGAUGCAAAGCACCGCGUGGAACUCUUUGCCCGAGAGUUCGAGGAAUUUGACUCAGUCAUUGGAGCCUUCCCCGGCUGGUACUUCGAGAAUUUCAUCACUCCUGUGUAUGCCCAGUCAUUUGGUGGAUUUCCAAUUUACGAGGACUCAGAAGGAUAUCUUACCUUUACCAGCCCUCUUGUAGGAGGUGAAGGAAAGGUCCAAACUGUGUCGGUGGCAGACGACUUUGGAGAGAUGGUUCACGGGAUGUUUUUGAACCCGGAGAAGUGGAAGAACCAGACCAUACAAUGUUUGAUGACUGGAAAGAAAGCUCGCUAUAUUCCAAUGUCCUCGUACAUGGACUUCCCAACCCAUGAUAACACUGUCCUUAUCGAGCUUCGCGACGUCUAUAAAUAUACGCAGAACAACAAUGGCUGGUUCUUUGGUAACCCGGACGACAUUGUUACUUGUCAGCAUCUUAAGAAUGAAGCUCGGCAGGACAAGGGCUUGACACCGGAGCCUGUGAUUAGUAUGAGGGAUUACUUUAUCAAGCACUACGGGAGCAAGUCUUAG